UUAAAAAUAAUCAAAUUUAAUCAUUCUUCAGCUAGUUUCAUACAGGUGAUUUUUCGACUGACGAUUAAUUUCAAUUUAAAUUAAAAAUAAAGGAAGAUUUUCGCAGGUCGAUUAUCGCAGAUGUCAACGAGAGAUUUGCAUCGCAAGAGAAAUCGGAUGACAAACAUGAUUCGAAAUUUCUUCGUCGAUUUCUUCAGCUGCACGUUGCAUUGAAACGUAAGGAAAUUAUAUCGACGAUGAUUGACGGUCGUUCAUAAAGGAAAAAAAAAUAUGAUCGGCGACACAUCGCAAAAUCAGACAGAUAGGGAGCUGGUCGCAUGGCUCGACAGCAUCCCUAUCUCGAAACCGACGAGAAAUUUGACGAGGGACUUUUCGGAUGCCGUUCUCGUGGCGGAGAUCUUGAAAGUAUACUAUCCUCGAUAUGUGGAACUUCACAAUUACGUUCCGGCGAAUAACUUGAACACGAAGAAAGAGAACUGGAACACAUUGAAUCGGAAGGUGCUCGCGAAGAUCGAUAUGAAAUUGACCAAAGACGCUAUCCAUAAUUUAGCGAGUGCGUCACAAGGCGCAAUCAAGAAGUUCUUGUUGGAGUUAAGAAUAAAAAUUCUAAGAAAUGACGAGGAAGCUCACAAGAUGAAUUGCAAAUAUGACUUAGAAGGUCGCAGAUGUCGAGUAAUCGUAUAUUUGUAUGCUUCACUCAUAGAAGAGAAAACUGGAGACUCGCUGGACAAUCAAUUCAAUUCGUCGGUGGAAAGCUCAAGCAAACUCGAAGCCGAUCCGAAGAUCAAUGAAAUUAAUUCAUCGAAAUUUGCGCGUCUCAAACGAGGACUCUUCUUCGUCUUCAGUUGGAUUAUUUUCCCUUUUUGGAUCUUAAUCAGCUACUUCAAACUUCCUCGUUUGGGUGGAUGCAGGCGCGAUGCACUUGCGGAUGUCGGGACGGAGCGAAUAAAAAACGUAAAUGAUGAAACCGUUUGUCGUGAGAUCUAUUCGGAACUGAAGCAAGAGCUGCGUGAAAAGGAGGAGAUUAUAUGCACUCUGAAUCAUAAGAUCGUGUAUCUGGAGAGUUCAAUGAAACUCAAGGAUCUACGCAUCUCCAGCUUAACUACGCAAAUCCUGCAAAACGCCGUCGAGAUGGAUCGGUCGGUGAAAUCGAGCGACGACGCUCGCGUUAAAUUACGCUCGCGAUCGCACAAUUUUCACGAGAGCAAAACCAAUUAGAAAUUCGUAGCAAUUGCGCAUCUUGUUAUAAAGUCAGGAACGAAAAAAUAUGUAUCGUGUCAUU